ACGGUCGCUCUCGCAUCUCAGUUCAACAAAUGCCGUCGUUGUGAGUAGUUUGGGAAACGGACACGAAACACUCGAACGCGAAACGGUUUUGUGCCCCGCUGAAUCGAGAAUCGCGCACAAGCUUUUUUUGGUGGCGUUCUCUAGUAACGGAAGAAAUCGAACGUGCUGUCACCGAGUGUUUGAAAAGGUUUUUUUUUUUUAAAUUCAACAGCGGUUACGGUACGUGAUGUAUGUGUACUAAGUGUACUAAGUGUACAUCCUGGGGUUUUCCAAGGAAAGUGUCAUCGUGAAGUGAACGUCCAAUACAUGCAAAAGCUUCCCGUGUACUAAAACAUACGGCACACACCUGUUCUAAGUGUAUACGCAACGAACGAAAGUGAAAGUAGUGAGCGGGAACGGAGAAAUUUAAAUAUCACACAUCGAAUCUGUGUCCGUCCGUUGAGAGGCGAGUGAUUUUAACGAAAUCAAACCAUUCUGAUAGCACACCAGUUCUACCAAUGUGCGUUCGUGCGUAUGUGUAGUACUGUACUAAAACAGUCUUGUCACUUUCGGUGCGCGUACCCCGGGUCGGUGCGAUAGUGUUGCUGCUGGAUCGAUUGUUUCGCCGAGGCUUGACAAAUCGAUACGUCGAGAUAAGCAAUAGAUUGUGUGUAUUUGUUAACGCGUUCGUGCCUAUUGUAAGUGUGCGUGUGCGCCGUAUGUACGGGAGAGAGUAAACAAAAAGCUAAACAAAGGAAGAAGCAAAACAAGCUCAGGCAUUUGACGAGAUUGCCCUGCUAACGACGGCCAGCCACAACGACGGUUUGGUGGAAUUGAUGCUUCUGCUGAGACAUCUCGGACCCCACCGCUGGUGCAUUUGCUUCUAAUUGAACCAAUCAAGUGUUGUGUGUUUCAUUUUUGCUUUCAUUCGCGGCCGAAAAGUGAUUGCAAUAAAUGUACUCCAUGGUGGAAUACUUUGGCGACAUGGGACAAAUCGGGCAGGACUACGGCUCAAAGAACUCGCCAACAGAUAGCUCGAAUCUGGACCAUGUUACUAAGGUGAUCGCAUAUCAUCCGCGCUACCUGGAUCAUUUCCUAAACACACAGAAAUUUAUUAUGCAGUGCGAUGGACCGCUGGCGUACGACUAUAGGAACUACAUAGCUAUUAUGGCUGCUGCUCGCCAUAAAUGCACGUACCUGGUUAACCUGUACGAGGAAAUCUUCCUGGCGAACGGUGGUGAUCCGAGCUGGUUGAACGGGCUCGAACACAUCCCGGCGAAACUGCGUGCCAUUUCCGACAUCAACAAAAUCCUUGCCCAUCGCCCAUGGUUACUAAACAAGGAACACAUCGAGCGGCUUACAAAAGGACAAAACAGUUGGUCGCUAUCCGAGGUAGUUCACGCGAUUGUACUGCUAGCCCACUACCAUUCGUUGUCCUCGUUCGUGUUUUCCUGCGGUCUCACCCAGGAGCUGGACGGCGCUAGUCACAAAAUUGAAAACAACAACGUUCUCACCCAGAAGACUGCCUUCAAUCGUUUGAAUGAUCUGUAUAAUUCUCAGCAUACCGAAAAACUCCCGAAUAGUGAUGAUGGUAAGUGGAAAUCGGGGACACGCAAUAGUGCCGAAGACGUUGGUUUACUGAUUGAGCUCAUUUUCUCCUGCACAGGUAAUAUCCGUCCGGAGGUGAGCGUCGAUGCAUUGAUGCAGCGUAUGAAGCGUCUAUCGGAGAAGAAUGACGAGUGCAGCGAAACAGAGCUAAGUAAUCGUUUCAAGCAUGUGGAGCAACAAGCGGCGGAACUGCCACCGGUUGUACGAGAGGCACCGGCCGAAGUACCACAGCAGAUAGGCCGCUACGUUGAUGAUCCGUGCUUCACAUAUCAGGAUUUCGCUCGCCGUGGUGCGGAAAACAUUCCGCAGACGUUCCGGAUACAGGACUACUCCUGGGACGAUCAUGGAUACUCACUAGUAAAUAGAUUGUACAAUGACGUUGGAUUCUAUCUGGAUGACAAAUUCCGGGCGGCCUACAAUCUAACGUAUUAUACGAUUGCCGGACGUACAAAUGUCGACACGUCCAAGUUCCGUCGUGCCAUAUGGAAUUAUAUUCAGUGCAUCUACGGCAUACGCCACGAUGACUACGAUUACGGGGAGGUAAACCAGCUGCUCGAUCGCUCGCUGAAGAUGUUCAUCAAGACGGCCUGCUGCUUUCCGGAGCGCAUCACCAAGAUGGAUUACGACAGUGUGCUGGUCGAGCUGCAACACAGUGAAAAGGUUCACAUCAAUCUUAUGAUCUUGGAGGCCCGCAAUCAGGCGGAGCUGCUGUAUGCCUUGCGCGAAGUUAUGCGUUACAUGACAUGAUUACCACCGCGGCGAAUGAAGUCCUUUGGCCAGUUUUGUGAGCUGCCUACAGCUACCGAGUGAUGGAGCACGAGAGUUGUUUUUUUUUUUCGUGGGGCGGAUUACGUUGGGAAUGGGAAAGCAAAUCAAGGAAUGCGUGAUAUAGGCAGGUAACGAGGAGAACUGUGUAGGGAUGGUUUUCGUGAAACGUUCAGGGCGACGUGUUUAUUUUUUGUUUUUAGAAAGAGAAAAAAUAUUUGGAGAGCGCAAAGUUGUUGCUGUUGUGUUAUUGUUGUUAACUAUUGUACUACCCGCGACAUUAUUGAGCGUGUGAGAGCUAAGCGUGAUAGGAUUGGAUGCAACUUUCGAGCUGAAAGAAGAAGAGACGAGGGGAACGUACGCAAACGAAACCGGGAGCCUUGGAUGGACCGGAGUGAUGUGCAAGCAAAUGGAAUAUUUAGAUGGGUGAUAUAAUUUUACAUAAAACAUAUUACAUAUAUACACAACCACACAAACAAAGGGAUGACCGCGUUUCGAUGUGAAGAAAACACGGUACUUUCCCGACAUCCCCGACAUAAAAAAGG